AUGGAUUCCACUGGCAACACCUACUGUUACGAACCACGACGAUCGAGCACCUUUUCUUUGCCGCCUCCACCAAGACAACAUGCCAACCCCGCCGAUUCUGAUCAAGUGCUCUCACCACCAUUGACACCUUCCAUCACACCAUCUAUUACUACCUUGUCAGCUAAUCAUCAUUUCAAAUCAAAAUUCCCUUCUGAUCAUCCUCUUGCAUACCAACCAUCCUCCGCUGUUCAUCCUACAUCAUCAUCACCCAAUCGGCUUCUUGUUAAUGAUCCUAUCGAUCGGCGUUCAUCAGCAUGUUCAGCCAUGUCCUUGGAUGAAUUCAAUCGUCAAUAUUGGGAUACCAAUCGCAUGGUCAAGGAAAAUCGUUCAUUCUCAUUCUCUGAUCGCAUGCCAUCUCGUCGCCAACCAAGCAAACAAAACAAGCAUGUGUGUAACUACCCACAUUGUGGAUGGAGUUUUAAGCGAUACGAGCACUUGAAACGUCAUAUGUUGGUGCACACUGGUGAACGUCCACAUGCUUGCCCCUACCCAGGAUGUGGCAAGCGUUUUAGCCGAUCUGACAACUUUCAUGCACAUUAUCGUACGCAUACCAAAAAAGCUCUUGAGCAGCAAAAGGGUACCUCAACAGCACCUGGCAAUGUUGCUGUGCCUCCUCCUCCUUCUUCAUCCGAUACGAGUGCACCACCAACACAAACCUUUCUUCCUCCACCACCAAGCUUUGAUAGCUUUCAUCAUCCACAUCAUCACCCACAUCAUCGCAUGGAUCAACAACAACAGCAUCAAGAUACCCAUCACUAUCUCAUGUCUCGUUCUUCAUCAACAACCAAUGGCCAGGCGCCUCCUCAAGUACCUGCUUUUCAUCAUCAUCGUCAAUCGUAUGGUCCUAUGGAAGGUGCACCACCACCACCACCCACGGCUCCUAAUAGUGCUGCUGAUAAUAUGAUGCCACCACCACCACCCUCAUCAUCAUCACCUUCUUCUUCCUCUGAUGAUGAAAAGCAGCACAUUUGCACACAUCCGGAUUGCCAUCGACGGUUCAAGCGAUUGGAACAUCUCAAGCGACACAUGCGUAUCCAUACCUUAGAACGACCUUUCCAAUGUACAUAUGCUGGAUGCCAAAAGUCGUUUUCUCGAUCCGAUAAUCUCACUCAACAUUUAAAGACGCAUGAACGACGUGAAUCAAGAUACCAAGAACAUCGACCUUAUCCAUCACCCUAUCAUCAUCCUCAGCAACAACGUCCACAAACACCCAAUGAGUCCAUGUCCUUUGUCGAUUUCAUGCGACCUGGUGGCCAUCAUCAUCAACAACAACAACCACAACACCAUCCAACAUCGUCAUCAUCAUCACAGCAUCAUCAUCCUGGUGCUCCUCCUCCUGCUGCUGCUCCUCCAUCCACUUCAUCCUCCAUGCAACACAUGCUGAGCUGGCAUCCUGGUGACGCCGCCGGCAGUGUAGGAUGCUAG